AUGUGGUGCUAUCAAAAACCAGGGUUCGAGGCCCUCCUCCUCGCUGAGCUGCAGAGACAGCAACAGUGCAGCCAGUUCUGUGACACUCUGCUCAAAGCAGAUGGUGUCUCAGUGCCUGCACAUAGUUGUGUUCUCUCAGCUAUUAGUCCCCAUGUGUCCACUGCUUUGUCUUCUACACCGGCGCCCCCUGCAGGACAGAGCCGCCUCCUGGAGUUUCAUGCUCUUGGUUCCUGCACCCUGCUCAGCAUGGUCAGACUGCUGUACUCCGGAGAGAUGACAGGGGAGGGAGAGCAGGAGAAGCAAGAAGCUAUUUCUGCUGCAGCCAAUCUGGGCAUCCAUGGACUGGUGGAGGUCACAGAAAGAGACCAUAGAGGCAGAAAUGAUGGAGGAGGAAGCCAUCAUGUGGAGGUGGGAGUUCAGACAGAACCUCUGAUUAUGGAGAAGAAUGAGGGGAGGCAGAGCACACAAACAGAGGAGCUGCAGAUUAACACAGCUUCAUUUGCUCACUGCACAGCUUCCUUUGACACCAUUGACGUGGCUGCUCUCCAGAUGGACUCCCAACUUGUUCACCCUGACAUUCCAUAUAUUCCCAUAUCCCUUGUCUACCCAGCAGAAAACCACAUCAGCCAACCGUCCUCUGCUCCUGCAGCAUCAAUGCAAAACUCCGCAGAAGCUGGAGAAACAUCUGUUGCUAUCAUGUCACAGCCUUACACCACCAUCUCUCCAUCUGCCCAGAACUUUUCCACCACGUGUGACAUAGAUCCUAAGCGCUGGUGGGUUGCUCCUCAAACAGCAGCCAGAGAUGUCACAGACGGUGAAGAAUUUGAGCAGUUUCAAGACAACAUCCCAGGUUUCAUCAACUUCUUCCUGAACCCAGUAAAGGAGGACGCUCCCUGCAGAGGGCGAGCAGGGCGGCAGCAGAGGGCAAGAGCGAAAAGUACCAGGAGAGCCGGGACUGGUGAGAGACGAGCGAGGAGACCACGAGCAGCAACAGGAGGGAGGGUUAGAGGAGGGUUAACGCAGACGGUGGAUGUUCAGGAUGUGGGGGUGAGCAGGCUGCAGAAGCAGUUCUCGCAGAGGUGGGGGAGUAGAGCAUCCAGGACAGGUCAAGGUGGAGGAGCCGUCGGCAGGAGGUUAGACCUGAAGUCACGGGAAUUUCUGAAGAAGUUUGAAAGCAGCCAGAAGAGAGGGAGGCGCGGCAAAAUGUGUGAGUUCAGUGAAAGUGUAAAAGCACUGCCACAUAACGAAGCAGGAGGAGGAAAGAGGAGGAGCGUGACACAGCAGUUGAAACAGGUCAGUGUACCUUUUGCAGGCCCUCAAAGGGCAGAGGCCACAACAUCAGCGAUUCCUUCCACACCCAUGCAAAUAUACAACAUGGCUACUUUGUCCAGCGCCUCCCUGCAGCCUUCGCUGUGUCCUCCGUUGCUGUCACCUGCAGCCCACUACAUGCCUCCAGCAUCGCCCCUCCUCCACACCACCUGCCUCCCUUCUCCGGCCCCUCUACCCCAAGUAGACCAGCCAGAGCAAAUUGAUCGUCUUUUGGAGGAAGUGAUGAUGGGACUUGACAUUAUACCAAAAAACAACAACAGUGCUCCUCAGCGUCCUCCUCCAACCAGAAGCAGCAGUUGUUCACAUGCCUCCCCUGGCAAUAAUAUGUCCCGAAACAGACAACAAGGCUCUACCACUGGUCUCCCACAUGUUGCUGAUGUAGCAAGAGGAGCCAGUGAUUCUACGUCUGCACAGUGUGAGGUACCUGUCCUGCAGCAGCAGGGAGAGGGAGAGCUGAACAUGAUGCUGGAACACUUCCUCCAGUCCUUUGAGCAACAUGUAGACAACUGUCGUGCCAGGGAAGCACAAGAGAUGGAGGGUGAGAGCUCCACACAGCCAAGCAGAACUUCCUCUGUCCGGAAAAACAGCAAAACCAAGGCCCAGACCAAAACCUCUCAAUCUGCUCUUCCACAGAACACACACUGUCCUGUCAGUCACUCUCAAACAUCUGUACUGCAACAGAGCAAUCAAUUUGAAACGACAUCAGUCCACUCACAGACCCUCAAGGCCUCAGCUGACAGCCCUGUUCCUAUCGAACAUACUAAGAAACCUCCAGAGAAAGUCAAACGUGUUUACAAGAGAAGAAGAAACGACUAUUUGUUCUCAUUAGAGAGAAAAAGGACACGCAUUAAGAAGUCAACAUCGACAAGUGUCUCAAAGACCAACAUGUUCCACGACCUGGGAGACAAGCAGCUCCAGCAGAUGCCUGUGGUGAGACUGGAGAGGAGCGGAUCAAUGUCAGUCACAGCCACACUGCAGGCACAUGGCGGACAAAGACUGGAAGUGAAGACUCCUUCAUCAUCAGAAAAAUACCCACGUCGUGGCAGCUCGUCUGUGAAGAAUCAGCCAGCACUGUGGUCCACAAAGACCUACCCGCUCAGGAGUCGAUUCAGGGAUGCACAAAUCACAGAUAGUCUGCCCUUUCUUCAUGAGCCACUUCACAAAAUCAAACAACCACGCUCAGCAGGUCAGCCACAUUCCAGACAAACCUGUCCCAUGGAAAAUGGGAUAAGCAAACUUCUCACCCCCCCUGAUGUUGAGAGCUCAAUACCAUCAAUCCACCCUCAGCCUGAAGUGACCUGUGAUCUAAUAAAGGAUCAUCGAGAGAGACGUGGGGCUGAUUUGACUGUGGAGCCACAGGAAGAGGCAGAGGGAGCUACGGUGAGGGGAACAAAGAGGAGUGCUGAGUCAAGCAACAGUGCAGCUGAGGCCAAAAGGGUUUUCACUGAGCCAAUGUCAGAGUUACCCUCUGACACACAUGUCCACGGCUAUGACUCUGUUUCUGAACAAGACGCCACAGAUGCAGAGGAAGUGAUUGACGUGGAAACGGUUUCCCUGACCAGUGCGGGGGGAGGUUUAAAAAGUGAAGAACAAGAUAAAAAGACAGUGAAGAUAGAAAUCGAUCUAAAAGGAAUGGGGGAAGAGACGGAGAGCAGCGGCGAUGAGAUAAUCGACGUGGACGGGGACACUGACGGACAGACCGACCUGGAGGAACGGGCAGACAAAAGCCGCUGCCAGAACAGAGUCGUACCACACUUUGCUGCACCUGCUUCACACCCAGCAAAGGAGGGCAGUGUGGGGUCUAAGGGGAGCUGGGAGGACAAGGACAUCGAUGUGAUUGGAGCUUUCAGCCCCCAUUCUCGUCCUGAACAGGUGAUCCUCAGCUGGAUGGAGACUUUACGAGGCGAGGACAAAAACGAGGAUGUAGAAGAUGUCUGAGAGAAGCACA